AGUCGUAUGCCAAUGAGGAAAAAUGUGAACAAUGACGUCAGCAAAGAUUCUACUAUAUAUGUUUAGGUCCCGUUUAGGUUCCCAGACCAUAGGCAGUGGCGGUAAAGUAUGGGAGCCGGCGAAUUUUAAACUAGUCGGGUAGAAACAUAAUACAGAUUGGAAAUUUUCCGAUUGGGAUAAAUCUUACAAACUAGUCCUAAUGUAGUGGAUGGUGCUCAUUGCGUUUAAUAAACUUGUGAUUAUAUAACACUUACUCUGAUUGGAUGGUCAGAUAUUGGACAUGUCGCAAGCACAGCAGUGACUUCCGAAUACGGCUGUCUUGAAUUCAAAAUACAAGUAGAAAACCAAUGCCUUGUGUCAGUUAGAACGAUACAUUUAAAGAAAAACUUUCGAGUACUCGCAAGCUCACUAUCUUGUUUACAAUAUGCACGUCAGGGCUCGUAGACUUCGGAUAUCUUUAUGUAAUUUAUACCACUAGCAAGAAUCAAGAGAGGAUGAGGAGUAAGUGAGUUAAUCCCCCAUAUAGGUCUUACUCAAUGCAUCUCAAGUUAUUUUUAAAUCAUUAACGACUUCAGAAAUCCCAGGAGGGUUUUGAAGUAGCCAAUCCUGUGUCGCAGAUUUUUGCUCACGUGGGCAUCCCAAGAGGCUUUAGAAGCUUUUUCAACCUCCAAGAAAACAUCCAGGCACCGCACGUGAUAACAAUAUCCGGCGGGGAACUGGAUACCAUUUCUAAAAAUAUCUUUAAAGGAUCACGAUGAGAAAAAGGCCUAUAUGGAAGAUUAACUCUCUAACUCCUCAUCCACUCUUACAGGAAUGAAAUGCUUAUUAAAUCUCUUUUGUUUUCUCUUUAGUUUGCCAUAUGAACAAAUCUUUGGAGGAGCUGGUUCCUUCUCAAGGGAACACUUUGAACUUAUAAACGGAUUUUCAAACAAGUUUUGGGGAUGGGGAGGUGAAGAUGAUGAUCUUUAUAACAGAAUAUCGGCCAGAGGACUUGAGCUAACACGGCCAUCCAUACGAUUAGGAAGAUACAAGAUGAUAAAGAAAUUUCACAAAACUAGCGAGGAAGACUCAAACCGGUUUGAUAAACUAAUGGACUCCGCUCAACGCAUGGAUAACGACGGACUCAAUUCUCUCAAAUAUGCUGUGGAAAAUUUGACAGAACAUCGGCUUUAUACCUUGGUCACAGUUGAUGUAAAAGAAGCUAUGCUCCAAGAUCAAGCGGAAUCGUUUCUUCAAAACGAAUCAACUUCUGGUUUCUUCUAUGAUAUCACUACAGAAUCUAAUGGUGACAAGACAGACAAAUAUGAUGAAUUGUUCACUAUUUACUGACAAUAUUUUUGUGAAUUUUGUUUUACAUAAAACCAUAUCUCGCAGUGUUCAUGCAGUUUUUCCUGCCCAGGCUGAAUAUUUUUUUUUGUUUUUUUUUUUGCCAGUUGUAGGCUGAAAAUAAUAUUAUUAGAUUAUAACGUACGACUCAUACGUUUCAGUUGACUUUGAUGGCGUUGAUGAAGUUUUGGAGGCAGACUGCAGGC